AUGGAGAUGGCCAACGCCUACGACUACGAGGAGACCGCCAUACCCCAUUGGCGCUGUGAUCGUGGGCGCUGGCAGCGGGCACUGUGGAUUGCCAUUGAUAUGCGAUGCAGGGCAAUGGUCACAAGGCCACCGGCUUUGAUCGGAGACGAGCCUAUUCCCACAACCAACGGCACCCCAGGUGUUGGCGGCGCAGUCUCCCUCGCGAGGACCCGCCGCGCUGGCCAGCGAGCAGCAGGUGGGGUCUUUGGCAGCCCCUGGAGUCGUGCUGCUGAACGUCUACGACGUCACGCCGAAGGGAGGCCUCCUGAGGAAGUUCAACCAGGCCGCGGCGGCUGGCGGCCACGCGCUCCUCGGGGGGAUCUUCCACAGCGGCGUGGAAGUCUACGGCCGGGAGUGGAGCUACGGGCUGACCACCACGAGCCGCUCUGGCGUGUUCGACGUCGCGCCCAGGCAGCACCCGCUGCACGCAUACCGCGGCACAGUGGUGAUGGGCACCACCGCGAUGGCCCGGCCCGAGGUGGGGUUUGUGCUGGCCCGCCUGCGCUCCGAGUGGAGGGGCGACCAGUACAGCAUCCUGCACCACAACUGCCAUCCCCAGGCUUCUCCAACAAGCUCCUGGAGGAGUUGGGCCUGCGGAUCAUGCCAGGCUGGGUGGACCGGGCGCCCCGCGUCCUCGCGCAGCUGGAUAGGGGCUGCUGCCUCUGCCAUUGCGGGCUGCAGCGCAGCAGGGCCUGUCCGCAGAGCUCUGGGGCCGAGGAGCCCUGGAUCAAGGCGCCCGAGUGCAGCGUGGCGCAGCCUGGGGUGGGCGCCGCCGAGGAGCUGGCCGACGCGGGGCCGCUGGGCCGCUGCGGCGGCGACGACGACGGCGGGCCGGCGGACGAGGAGCCUGGCGGUGAUGACUGGACCGAGGACAUCCAGGAGGCCGUGGCAGCCGAAUCCCAGAUGUUGACGUUCGAGGACCUCCCCAGCCCGACGGAGGACGUCCUCGAGGAGAGGGGGCCCCCGACGGCCGCUGCGGCGGAGGGGAGCUGCUGCGCGGCCGCUGCCCGCGCGGAGCCGCCGCGGCCGGGCGCUCGGCGGCCCUUCGCGGGUGGCGCCUGA